CAGUAUUUUCAGCACGUUACUAAACCGGUGAGCGGAGAACGAAGAGUAGCUCUAAUACCGGUAAUUUCGUUUUUGGUAGUGAAGAGGAGUUUGUAGUUAAUAGUGAUUAAACACAAAAUGGAUAGGACGGUCAGUCUACCGAACCAGCCCGAGAAAACAACGAGAGUCACUCUGGUUGAGAGAAACUCGGCGCCCAGCGGGCUGGAACUGGUCAGCUCAUACCAGACCAACAGAGUGGGGGACCCCAUGGAUCUGGUGGCUCUGGCAGUACAAGUGCAGAAGGGAGACGAGUUUGUUAAAGCCAACGCUUGCAACAAGCUGACAGUGAUCGCAGACCAGAUCAGAUAUCUGCAGGAGCAGGCCAGAAAGGCUUUGGAAGAAGCAAAAAGAGAUGCAGACCUCCACCACGCUGCCUGCAACAUUGUAAAGAAGCCAGGGAACAUGUAUUACCUCUACCAGCGGCCUUCUGGACAGAAGUACUUCUCCAUCAUCUCACCUAAGGAGUGGGGACCAAGUUGCCCUCAUCCAUUUCUCGGAGCGUUCAAACUUCAGCACGACAUGUCCUGGACUCCUGUGGACGAGGUGGAAAAGAGAGACGCAGAGAUCGCCAUCAUGGACAAACUCCUGAGCCAACAAACAGCCUUACCCUCAUACACUGGACCCAACUUUAAAGGGCUCACUGAAUAAAAGACUGCUGAUGGGAUACAGAACUUCUGAAAAUGGACGGAACUAAGCCAAAAAUAUAAGACUAAACAAGGUUUUUUAUUUAAAAAAGGAAAUACCAAAAUGGUGGCUGUUUUUAUCAGAUAAUUCAGACCCUGAAGAGUAAAGAAGCGUUUUGAAGUCUUAUCUGGUUUCUUAAUUUUGUUGAAAUGAUGAAACUCAAAUUCAAAGCUUCUUCGCUCACUAGGACAGUGUUAAAAGGAAAGUGAUAAUGAGCUGCCAUUUAAAUUAUUUCAAACUGCAGGAAUAAAAAAAAUCAAACUGUUCACAAGCAGGGGCGGAGCUACAGGGGUGGCGGGCAUUUUUGAGUCAAUAUUAUUAGCCUCGUUAUUGAAAAGUUGUUAAUACACGCUUUUUUUUUGUCUUAUCCCCCCUCCUGCCCCCCAAAUAAAAUGUUCUAGCUCCGCCUCUGUUCACAAGGUUGUUGGACCCAAAACAUUCCUUAAAUCCCCGCUGUAUCCCUGACAAACUUUCUCAUCUAGUUAAAAAUGAAAAUGGUGUUUUUAA